GCGGGAGUGGGCGGGGUCUAUUUUUAUCCUCCAAUCCCAGGUCGGAGCAACUCCUCUGUUUAGACGCUGUUGUCAUCACCGAGCUCCUUGGUCAUCACAACCAUAGAUACUAACCCAAUUGGUGAAAAUGGUUAAAGUUGCUAUCGUUGGAGGCGGGCUACUCGGAGUGAAAAUCGCAGGUGACUUAGCAUAUCAUGGCCACACCGUGAAAAUAUACGAUCGAAACAUGAAAACUCUGGACUCCAUCCCUCUUCGGAUAGAGGAGGACAAGCAAGAGCUUAAAGACGAAGGAAUUCUCGUACAGGCAAACUAUACUGGUCGCAUCGUCUGCCUCAGCCAGCUGGAGGAGACCGUCUGCGACGCAGAGUUCAUCUUCGAGGCAGUGGCCGACGACCUCGAGGUCAAGCAGGACGUGUUUGAGCGAGUGUCGCACUGCUGCCGCGCGACCGCCGUCGUCGCCACCAACACGCUCGCGCUCAGCGUGGACAGCAUCACGCAGCGCAUGGCUCACAGCGAGAGGGCUCUCGGAUUGCGAUUUCUUUAUCCAGUCUACUGUAUAUCGGAAAUCGAAGUAACACCGUCCACACAUACCUCUGCAGAGACGAUGGAAAAAGUGAGAGUCUUCAUGGAGAAGAUGGGGAAGACGCUGUUUCUGCGAUCCGGAUCUAUCCCGCUGAUACUAAACAUCGAACAGAGAGAGUCGCGCAAAAUGGCCUACGCGCAGAGCUUGAAGAAUCAGCGGAACCUGGCAUACAUGAUGGUCGACAGGCUAGUUCCGGAGCUAGCGCACCGAGGGAACAUACUGCCUGGCGAUCCGGAACUCGAUGGAGGUUCGUACGGUGGUGAGGACCACGACUGUGCGAUCUGCAUGGACAACCCACGUAACUGCGUGCUGCGACCCUGCCACCACAUGUGCACGUGCAACGACUGCGGCCAACUGCUGCUCAACCGACGCGACGGCUGCCCCAUCUGCCGCAAGGAGAUCGCCGAAGUCAUCCGCGUGUUCCACUCGUAGCGGCGCCCCCUGGUGCCAUCGCUCGCCAACGCGACCGGGGAUGGUCGUGCGAGGGAGGUUCAGCGGGGAUGCAGGUGGUGGCGCCAUCUCGUGGUGUUCGUUGCAGCCAAGGACGAUCGCAGGAGGAUGGUUCGUGUGGCCGGGAGCGAGUGGAUGGUCGAGCGACCUGGUUCGACUGUCGUGGUCGUCUGCGUGGCUAAGGGCUGUGUGUGGUGCUGUCAAGGGAAGUGAUCGUAGUGCAGAUGGGAGAGGGAUCACUGGAGAAGGGGACUACUGAAGAGUGCAUCGGGUGAAGUGACAUUCUAGUCAACUUUUUCGACGAUUACGAUUUUUUUCCCGUUAAUUGUAACCCAUGUGUCCCCGUAAUGUGUCCUCCCAAUUAAAUGUAAUUGUGAAUUGUAAUUUAAUCUAAGUGUGUGUGUUUUUGUGGUGCGUUGUGGGGAUGCAACUGGGGAAUCAAUCCCCUGUUGCGUCCCAUCUUGUGUAAGUUUUACGAUCCCUAGUUCAGCCGUGGGUAGACGAAUUGCGUGUGAAGUGAUGCGAAGAGAAACUCCGAAAAUAGUUAGAUCUUCACAAAACUAGUCAGGAUUUCCAAUAACAUUUAGUUUCCUCUAGGAUCUAAUAUCUAUAUGUAGAUAUAUCUAUAUAGGGUCUAGGACUCUAGGAUCUACGUAUUCUGUUCUGAUGGUACAUCGAUUGCACGAAUAUUUGGAGAUAAUUUCGUAUGCGUCCGUCAGGUGGCACCACUACACCAUGUGUUCUGCGCCUGGCCUUAACUUGCAUAUCGAUUAUGCUUAGAGGAAUGAAUGGAAAUCCUUUUUAAAACUACAAUAUUAUUUAUAUUUUUCCUACUGUUAUACCACCAUGAUUGUGAGGGAGUGUAUUUGUUAGUAGUUUGUUCUAUUAAUUGUUGUUAUUGUUGUUGUUGUACAAGAUGCAAACUAGCCACCCAU